ACACAAAACACACACACACACACACACACACACACACAUUGUCUUUGUGACACACAUUCUGUGCAUAUUUUCACUGGCACACAUAACAAACACACAGGGAAACUCUCACUGAGGUCUGUCUACCCCCCACACACUCAUACCAAUCGCAGAGAGUGCUUUGUGCAUUCACUGACUGACUGGGCAGCUACUGAAGAGAGAGAGGGAGGCUGGUGGGAGGAGGGAGAUGGAGACAGCAAGAGGCAGAGGGAUUACAAAAAGAAGCAGACCCAGACAGAUAGAAGAGAAGAACAGAUAAGACUUGCAGUGGGACAGAGGAGACACAUCCAGUAAACACUAACUGGUGGAAAGACAGAGUGAACAGAACAGGAAAGGCAAUACAGAAAUAGGAAGGGAAAGGGGCUUGUCCAACAGAGAGGAAGAGAGUUGUUGUUAAAGAGGCUGGGGGGAACUGAUGGGAUGGCAUUGAUCUCUGGGAGUUGCCGGCUCUUGGGCCAGAUGGCGUCUUGUUGCUGCAGACCGCUGCUCAACUCCUCCUGCUGUGGACCCUUCAUCAAAGUCUGCCUCUCCUCCUUUACAGACAUAUCUCCUGCUGAGCUGGAUGCUCUUUGGAGGGAACCACCAUAUGCUCUCGGGGGAGCAAAUGAACACUUCUCAGGAAAUGACAUCAUGACUCAAGGUGUUGUUGAGGAGGAGGACGGUCCGGUGGUGGAGUCAGGUGAAGGAGGGGUGGAGCCUGACAGCUACUGGAAGAAAAAAGAGGCCUUCCUCAGAGGAAGUACUGUCACUCUGGGAGAGAAAUUCUCCUCAGAAAUUGUGCUGCUGUUCACCGGGCGGAGGCGCUCCAGCAUGGAUCCUGACCGGGCCCUACAGGAGGCACUGCGCACCCGACUGCGGGUGGUGGAGAGCAACAGCCAGGACGUCAUCCAGCUCUUUAAAGACUUGUCUGCACGUCUGGUGUCUGUCCACGCUGAGAAGGAUAGCUUCGUACUCACAUUCAAGACUGUGGAGGAAAUAUGGAAGUUUUCAACUUACCUAGCAUUAGGUUAUGUUGCUCGCUGCUUGGAGAACUUCCUGUGUGAUCAGUCCUUCUGGCUGGACCCAGAGCUGCUCAGUGACCUGCAGAUCAAUGUAACUGUGGACGAGGAACAUUUGGCCACCCUUUACCUGGGACUGUUACUCCAGGAGGGAUCCUUCUUUGCUAAGGCGCUAUUCACAAGAAGUGAGCAGGAUGAGGACGACGAAGAACAGCUAUCGUUCAAAAAGAAUGACUUGCUGAUGGUGAGGGACACAGGGCAGGACGACAUGUGGGAGGGCACCCUGCUCUCCACAGGAAACCAUGGCCUGGUGCCAGUCAACGCCAUGCAACCGCUGCCUUACCCCUUCUAUCAGUGGUUCCUGAGGAAGUACCCAGGCAAUGUUGGAUGUUCGCCAGCAGAAAAGGAACCGUUUGAACAUGCUAUUGUGACGGGUUCCUGUGUAGCAGUGGUCGACUACAGUCCAGUGGGCCCCGAUGAGCUUCUGCUGAGUCAAGGGGACAUUGUGGAGAUCCAGGGUUUGCUAGUCCGAGGCCUUGACAUGUUCAUAGGAACACACACUUCCACAGGGCACAAUGGUUUCGUACACAAGGCCCAUGUCAAACCUCUGGACACCGUACCCCUAGACAGACAGUUGGUCUUUCUGACUGAGGAGGAGAGAGCCAGCCUGGCUCAGGUUAACCUGUGUAGCUCUGAGCCAAGUGACAGCGGCCUGCUGGAAAGACUCUUCUCGUCUGACAUCAGCUCUGUGUACAGGCUAGACAGACUGGAUGAGACUGACUUCAUGUACAUCAGAAAUCGUCCAAAACAUGAUCAUAAGAUUCCUGCUAGCGCCCGUCAGAGCGUCAUGUCAGAGAAAAGUGGAGGGACACCCCCGUACCACUCCUCUCCUCGAGCCUCUCUGUCUCACUCCUCCCCUCGUCUGUCCCUCUAUCAGUCCCAUAAUCCUCUGCCACGCGAGGGAGAGCGCCUUUCCUUCACUCUGGAUGACACAUUCAGAGAACUGGACGAGUUCCAGGAAGACCCACCUCUCUUCUUGGAGGAGAACAGCUGGGAGGGGGAGGACUCCGAGUUCAGUGACCCCACACUGACCCUGCUCAACCAUGAACACUUCCAGGAGGACUUGCUGCCCCUGUACGACCUGCAGUAUUCCUUCCUGUGGGUGAACUUUAGUGGUAAAACUGAGGACGAGCUGUCAGGGCACCUAGAGAGUGUCAGGGAGUGUGCCAAGAGGAUGGGCUUGCACUGGGCACAUCGACGGGCAUGCUUCCUCCUGGGAAGACUCUGUGCCCGCAAGCUAAAGUUCUCCCAGGCCCGUGUGUACUAUGAGGAGGCUCUCAGUGUCCGCGUGGACAGCUUCUCGGACACGCCGCUCCUCGUCGCUCUCUUCACAAAUCUCACCGCUGUCUACCUGAAGCAGCGUAUGACAGACAAGCUGCCCCAGACUCUGGAGAAGGCCGGUGCUCUGCUCCUCUGUCUGCCCUGCCACACCUUCACCUCCACGGACGAGGUUGAACUGCUGCAGCUGCUCCUGAGGAGAUCGGUGGUGAUGGGGGACAAACACCUGGAGGCUCGCAUCUGCUACCUCGUCUCCAGCCUCUUCCUGCUCCUCAGGAAGACUGAGGACGCUCUUCCCUUCGUUGAGCGACUGCAGUUUCUCUCAAGGACGCUCUCUGCCACCGAGGGACUUCCCAUAGUUCCUUUGGACCUCAACUGGCUUUUGAGCUGGCUCUAUCAUCGUAAAUACAUGCCUUACUUAGCCCUGGCCUCUCUGAGUCUAGACUCAAGACAAGACCACUCCCUCCACGAUGCUUUCCUGAGGAUUGAGUUGUUUAUCAGGAACUCUGUUCGCCUGAACCCAUGCUGGAAGGAAGGAACCUCCCUGCUCCCUGCCCAGAUUGUGAUUUACCUUCAGCAGGCCCUGAUUAUAGCUAAGCAAGGGGAGGACAUGAAGACCCAGAGGGACCUGUGUCAGGGCUUGGCCACAGUCUACCAGCAGUAUGGUGCUCUGAAUGAGGCGGUGCACUGUGCUCAACAAGCUGUGGAGACAGGAGGCCAAUUCAUUGAGGAGGAGGGCUUUGAGGCCUCUGUGCUGCUCGGGUGGCUGCUGGUGUUGACGGGCCAGGCUGAGAGGGCCCAGAGUGUCCUACAGCCACUGCUCACAUCUCUCCAGGGCACAGACAGUCCCACACAGCGAGGAGUGAUCCACAACCUCUUGGCUUUGUGUCUGAGGCGGCAGGGCCGCAUCCCAGAGGCAGGCUGGCAUCUCCACUCUGCCUUGGUCAUCUCCAGGGAAAGUGGACACCAGAGGAACCAGGCCCUGGCAUUGGCCAACCUGGGCUGCCUGGCACUGGAUGUGGGGGCAUCUUUGGUGGCAGAACGCUUCUUGGUCAGAUCCCUGCGUCUUUUUCUGGAGCUCUGGGAAAGCCCCACAGAUGAGGAGCACGUUCAGACCUACCUUUGGCUGGGGCGGAGCUACAAAGACAGGAGGAAGAGUCAGGACAGCAGGGCAUGUUAUGAAAUGGGGCUACUUAUUGCACUACAUGCCAGAAAUUUACACAGUCAGAUGGUGGUGGCCAAGGUGCUGAGUCGGCUGUAUGCUGACCUGAUGCUGUACGGCCAGAGUAUCGUCUACUAUGAGCUCUGUGUGUCCGUAUCCAGAGAGCUGAAGGACAAGAGACUGGAGGGAGAGUAUCUGGAAAUCCUCAGCAGCGUCUAUCUCUCACUCAACACUGAAAGAUCAUCUCGUAAAUCUCUGGACUACACCAAGCAGAGCCUGAGGAUUUCUAUAGAUUUAGGCAAGAGAGAGGAAGAGUCAGAGACGUGGCUGCAGGUGGGACGCAUCUAUUACCUCAUCCAGGAGGACGAGCUAGCUGACAUGUACCUGCAGGCAGCAGUGAAGACAGCCCUGAGGAUGAAUGAUCAUCACUUUGCCAUGAGCAUCUACGAGGAGGCAGGAGACGUCUACUUUAAAGGCCUCAGGAACCGCAUGGCUUCACUGCCUUUCUACAGGGACGGCAGUCUGCCAUUUGCACGGAGCAUCAAGGAUAUCCAUUCAGAGUUCCGUUUGUUGAGUAAACUGACGGAGUUGUUAAUGAAGCAGGGAGAGCAGGACGAGGCUCUGCAGUACGCAACCCUGGCUGUUGAGAUCGCCAGCAAAACAGCUGUGCAGUUGAAUGAGAGGACAGCCUACCACCGGCUGGCUACAGUCUACUACAGCCUGCAGCAGUAUGAGAUGGCAGAAAACUACUACCUGAAGUCCCUGUCCCUCUGUCCGCCCGUCCUGCAGGACCCCAUGGAGGCUCGCUACUACACCAAGCUGUACUGCAGACUGGGCAAUCUCACUCUACACAAACUGAAGGAUUGUUUUGAUGCAGUGGGCUACUUCCAGUUAGCUCUGGCAGCGGCCGUGGAGGACCAAGCUAACCCCGAGGCUCUGUAUGUGGUGUACAUGAAGCUGGCCGAAAUCCACGGCAACCACAUGCCCGAUGUUCAGCUGUGCCAAGUUUACAGAGACAGAGCUCAGAGUCUGAAGAGACUUCUGGCUGGAGAGGAAGGCGCUGCUGUUGGAGAGGAAAACAUGGAGGAUGCAGACACAGAGCCUGGCCAAAAGAAGGAGGAGGACUCUGAUGCUGAUAUGGAACAUAGGCCUACACAAAGUUUGGUUAAGAGAAAGAUGCCUACAACUGAAAAUGAAACAUGCGAAGAUAACUCAAUUCCAAGAGCUUGUAUAAUCCUUGGAGAUACAGAGGAUAGAUGUGCCGACACUAAUAUUGGAGAUGUAAACAGGAAAGAAGAUCACAACAUUAAUCUUGAUACAGAUGGCCCUUUUAUGAACGCCUUUGGGUCUGAGACCGAAACCAUUGCCAGUCAGUCGUACAGUGACAGUAUUCUUACUGAGUCCUUUGAUACAGCCAAGGAGGACAUCUCAGACUCCAGCAGCUCCACUGACACUUUACAAACAUACCAGAAUCAAACAGAUGGGAAUGACUUUGAUACUGACCACAGCAUGCCCAGUCCAAUACCUGAUAAUUACACCGGUGACAUCACAAGACACACAGACGCCCAAAACACAGAUUCUGACAUUCAGGAUGAACAAAACACAGCCGCUAAAGAAACAGAUGUGCAUGCAGAUCCUCUUUAAAAAGAUGCUAGUGAUGAGGACAAUCAGUCUCAUAGACACUGAUAAAGCUGUAAGACUGGUGACACACACACACACACACACACACACACACACACACACACACACACACACACACACACACACACACAGUGAACACAUGGUUUUAGAUGAUGCCUACACGUAGUCUCUCAGUGGCGCUUUGUGUUCUUCACUUACAUCUCCUCAGUCUGGUUUCUUGACCAACACAUUGACUCCAACGUUCCAGCCACAUGGCACUUAUUGUAGGAAAGAUGAAGUUUUUUUUAGAGAUCUAGUGACAUUAAAGCAUGUGCCUUUUGUAAAAUAUGUUCUGUGGUUAUUACAGUGCAUUUUGCUUGUAUGUGUUUUCUAAAUGUAUGUUUUUGUAUCUCUGGAAGAUAUGACUCAAACAUAAAGAAUGUUAUUUUGUUUGCUGA